AGCAUCCUUCUUAGACUAGCAGCUAACCUUUUUGACAGAAACCUGGUUGAUAGGAUUGGGAAUGGGACUGUUACUCUUCAUGAAUCAAUAUUGUUGUUCAGUUAGAAAAGGAUUGAUUCCUGUAGUGGCUUGAAUAUGCUGCAUUAUCUUGGAUGUUUUCUUUUUUAACAGCACUUCUCUGGAAAUCCAAGGGCUGCUUAUUGAAGAGCAUUUCUGAUGUGGUUCUGCACUUCAAAGCUUUCAGUGAAGGGCAGUACAGGGGUGUGGAGAUUCAUUCGGGGUUUGGUGGUGUCUACCUGUAGUGUGUGGAAGCUUGGAGGCAAAUACCUCUUUUAUUCGUGAUUUUUAAUAUUCUUGUCAUUUGCUAUACUUUGUUUGAUCUGGAAUUGGUCCAGUGCUUCUCUGAAUUGAAGGAAUUGGUUUCCCUACGUUUUCAGUGCAGCAGACCUCAUUAGUUAGCUGUUUCCUUUGAGAAAAAUAAUCUGGAGAGGACUUGGCUGGUCUUGACAAUGAAGGGCUUUGGAUACUUGGUUUGUUUUUCUGGUUGUGAAAACCGUUGAACAAUACCUGGCUUGUUAAUGUAAGGCUGCUAUUGAAAUAUGAGAGCCGCAGCAAUAAAUAAUUACUAAUAAUCCGCUCCAAUUUAUCUAUUGAUAAGUAACUUUGGCAGAUGUGCCUGUAUUUACAAUAUGAUACAUUUAUUGAAAUGUAGCUGGGUUUUUUUUGUAGCAGAGGCAGUGUAUACUAAAAACUGGGCAUUGGUUGGAUGAUUUUCUCAAUUUAAAAACAAUUGUCUUCAGUGUAUUUGUAUCGUAUAUUAAAUGCUUUUUGAAAUAUUAUUAGUAGCAACAUUUAUUCAGACAUCUGUUUUUGGUUAUCAAUAGUUCUUACAAAGUCUGACAGCAAUCUGAUAUUUUAAGCAUGUCUGUCAGGAAAAACAUGGAAAAUACUGCCAUCUGGCAAGUCUACGAGCAGGAGACCCCUAACAGCAUCACACGUUUUGACCAGGAGCAGAAUGUCCGUCUGGAGGAGGAGUUAAGGCUGGACCACCUAUGCUGGCUGAAGGAGGCCUUUGCCAAUCACAUGCCUUUGGAGGGUGGUGAGGAGGGCCAGGAUGUGGGUCUGGCACGAUUCCACAGGAAGGAACCCAAACGGCAGCCAGGGAGCAUGACACUGCGGGAGUUCCAGGAGGCCCUCACUGACAUGCUGGGCUCGGAGAAGUGGACCAGUCAGAUGGAGCUGCUGUUCAACAAGGUGGACACGUCCUGUGACGGCUAUGUGGACUGGGACGAGUUCUGCACCUACAUGCUGCUGCAGUACAAGGAGAGGGACUUUGUGAGCACCAGGAGAGAGACCUUCCUCGGGACACAGCCACUCAUCAGACUCUGCCUGCACAACAAGCAAGAAGUGACCACUAGGAUCCUGGCGGUUCCCUCUCCUCCUCCUCUACGGUUUGUGAGUGUCAGUAAAGCUAGUACUCUCACUGUCUGGGACAGCGACCUGCGCAUUCAGAAAUCAUAUGAGAUUGCCUCGGAGUCCAAUGAUUUCCGUAGUGGAAGGAGGAGGUUUAAGACGUGGACCACCGAUGCAGUCUACAUGCCGAACGUCAACAAGGUUGCCGUGGCAACGACCAGCAGGGACAUCCACUUCUUCGACGUUUCCACGACAAACUGCUUUGAGGAGUUUCACUUGUUUGCAAUAAAUAAUGUGCCAAACUCUUUAUGCUAUUGGUGCAACACUAAGUCGCCAGCCAGCCCUUCCCUGUUGCUGUGGGGUGAUGAUGUCGGGGGGGUGAACUUGAUGUGGUUUCUGAAGCCCCACACAGGCAUGUUUGAGACACCCUUCACAGAGGAGCAGGGUCCUCAGAAAGUAUUCAUCCAGGAUAUCAAGGACCAUAACCGUCUCAUUACCUAUCAGAUCAUCCCCCACGUUCACCAGGAACCCAUCUCUAAAAUCAUGUACCUGCCCAUGGGCGACCUCAUCAUUACAUCAUCAGGGAGCACCUCCACCUCUGUGGUCAUCAUGGACCUCAACAGGAAGAACAAGGUGUACACCUGGAAAAUCCACAAGGGCGUGACAUGCUUCGACUUCAGCAAGCCCCUAAACCUGCUGGUGACGGGGGGAAUGGAUCACAAAGUUCGCCUGUGGAAUCAGUACGUGACGAGCCAGCCCAUCGUGGUUCUUCAUGAGCACUCCAUGAUAGUGCAGGACGUGGCCAUCUACGAACCACUCGGGCAGAUAUUCAGCUAUUCCAAAGAUGCAGUUUUGAAGGUGUGGGAUAUCUCGUCCCAGCAGUGCCUCAGGACCCUGGUGCUGAAGUUCCCGUGUGUACAGGCGGGCCGUGUCCUGGAGUACGGGGACUUCCCUUUCCUGCUGCUGAAGGAGCCCCCCUGUGCGCUGCUGGUGUCCUGCGGGGACUACAUAGGCAUGCUGAAGCUGGAGCAGGGAGGAAAUGGGCAAGAUAUGCUCUUCACACACAGUGCCAAGCUCUCCACCGCUAUCUACAACCCCUUCUUCAGACAGGUAGUGACCGGCUGUGACGACUCCACUGUGGCUGUGUGGGACGUGGAGACGGGGACAAAGUGUCUCCAGCUGAACAACGUCCACGGGCAAGAGGAGAUCACAUGCAUGUCCUUCGACACCACGCAGAGACGGCUCAUCACAGGAGCCAGGAACGGCACCAUUAAGGUCUGGAACGUUCAGAAUGGCCACAAUCUUCAUAAGCUGGAGCCUGUAGCAGAGGCAGAGGUGACCAGGGUCCUCUGUUAUCAGGACCACAAGUUCCUGGCUGUGGGGUGGAGCCACCAGCUAGCACUGUAUAACACCACAGACCGCAGGAACACCUAUGUGGUGGCGGAUCUGUCCUGGAGGGGUGGUCAGCUCCACAAGGAGGAUAUCCUGGCUGCAGACUCCUGUCCAGUCCUGGAGCUGCUCGCUACGGCCAGCUAUGAUGGGGAAAUCAUCGUCUGGAACACAGAAACACAGCAGGUCCUAACGUACCUCAAGAGGAGUAGAGACAGACAGUCCUCACUUGGCCUACCUAAAUACUCCUCCGCAGACAUGAGAAAAAAAGUGACUAACACCAGACCCAACUCCAGGCACUGUAGCAGUCACAGCUGGGAUAAGGGGGUCCAGCCCCCGGUUGAUAAGCUGCUGUUUCUUCAGCGUCGUGCAGCUGACACGAUGUGGAAUAACAAACCGAUUCUCAUCAGCUCUGAGGCCGGCGCCCUCUAUUGGUGGAGGGUCUCAGGAUCGCCGUAUGAACAAGGUCAUUUCUAUGCCCCGGAGAAGCCUGAUGAAUCUGUACUGGGGUUGUCUACUGACGAGGAGAACAGGCUUCUAGUGUCAGGAGACACCGCUGGCUGCAUCCAGGUGUGGGACAUUGCAGAGUAUGGACUGCAGUCCAGAGACAAGGGGCCCUUGAAGAAGCCUUCUUUGCUAUACAGCUGGAGAGCUCACGACAGCACUGUGGUGAGCGUGGAGCUUCUCAGCUACGAUUCAGAGUCCUUCCUGGUAAGCGCCUCUGCAGAUAAGACCGCCCGGCUCUGGUCUUCUGAUGGGAAGUACGUGGGGACCUUUGGGCAGGAGAAGAAGUGGAGCCUGAAAAACCCAGCAACGUACCAGCACCCCCGGGACCCUUGGGGGCAGGAAAUGGAGAUUUCUGAUACUGAUGGAACCAAAACAAACCAGCAGGUUUUCAUCGGCCUCCUGCUCAGUGAGAACAGUGUGGCUCAGAGGGGUGAGCUGAGUGAGACAGACUCAGGAGCUGGGGACCCCUCGCCCCUCAAGACAGAUCCCUUGUUGCCUUCAGAGUCUAAAAAGGCAGACAACUUCACAAUACCUUCUGUUUCUUCUCUGGAAUCAAGCCAUUCCGUGACACAAGAAACACCGGAUAGUAAUGACAAAUUGUUAAAGAGUCAUCUGGGAGUGCAGGUGGAGCAAGGCCUCGCGAGGAAAAUGGCUGCCCGACAGGAGAGGCGGUGUGUGUUUGGAGAAAUAGACGACAACAAACUCAUCAGAUUUGGCAACAUGUGCACACCCUUUCAAGCGCUGGCUACUCCAGACAUGCUGGAGGUGCAGCUGCUCAGUGCUUUGCCCAUGAGCUCCUGGAUGCUGAGCCGCGGGCUGGCCUGUGCGAGGGAAUCAGACCUGGAGACUCUGCCACUGUCCAGACAGGAUCUGGAGUGUGACUAUGGAGAGGAAUCCGCCAGAGCCAAAGGGAAGAGCAGGCUGUUCUGGAAGUAACUGCCAUUCUCAGCCACUCCAAACAGGAAAACACCAGUCUGCAGGAACUCCUUCUUGACAAAUCCUGCUUUCAGGCAGUGUCAUGUUUUAUAGUGAUUUAUUUUACAGUUACCUGUCCCAGAUGCUGUUUCACUAAAGAUUUAGGAGUUUGUCCAGGCUAGGUGCAGCAUGAGCAAAACCACUCUCAUUAUAACAGCAAUAGUACAUACAAUACUGCACGUUGUAAAAGCAGUUUCAGAUCAAUAAAGGUUUAUUAUUUUCA